UUUUGAAACUAAAUCUCGACGGCGGCAAACGUGUCGGUGGCACCCUUUUGGCAUCGUCGCUCCCCGGCUGAGGAUUCAAACCACUGGUUCUUUCGGUGUUGUUUUCGCUUUGCUCGCACUGUAAAGAAGAAUUGGACGAUUCUGAUUGUUGCAUUUGAACUCUUGAUUCUGCUUUGAUUAGUACUUAUGAGCACUUUAAGAAACAUCGCCAAGCAUCCAACGAUUACUUUGAUCGAUUCCUUCACUACGCUCAAAGAGCUUAAGCAAAUCCAUACCCAAUUGCUCAUUAAUGGCCUUUUGAAUGAUCGCCAACAUUUAGGCCAAUUUGUUGCUUCCAUUGCUCUUAAAAACCCCACCAAUUUGGUAUAUUCUAAUCAAAUUUUGGAUCAAUGUGCCGACCCAACGUUGUUUACCUUAAACUCUAUGAUCAGAGCCUACUCCAAAAGCCCAACCCCACAUAAAAGCUUUCAGUUUUACAACAGAAUUCUCCAAUCCAAUGAUGUUAUGUCACCGGAUAAUUACACUUUCAAUUUUUUGGUUCGCACUAGCGCUCAGUUAUCUGCUUGCGAAGCAGGUCGAACUGUUCAUGGUGCACUUUUCAAACAUGGGUUUGAAUUUGACCCACAUGUUCAAAGUGGGUUGAUCUUUAUGUAUGCUGAAAUGGGUUGCUUGAAUUCAUGCUAUCGUGUGUUUGAAUCAGUUCAGAAUCCGGAUGUAGUUUGUCAGACGGCCAUGGUGAGCGCUUGCGCCAAAUGUGGGGAUACUGACUAUGCACGACAACUGUUCGACGAAAUGCCUCAGAGAGACUCUAUAUCAUGGAAUGCUAUGAUUGCUGGCUAUACACAGAGGGGGCAAUCAAGGGAAGCUUUAAAUCUGUUUAAGCUAAUGCAAAUGGAUGGUGUCAAGGUCAAUGAGGUGUCUAUGGUUUCUGUUUUAACAGCCUGCACUCACUUGGGUGCACUAGACCAAGGAAGAUGGGCACAUGCUUAUAUAGAGAGGAACAAGAUUCGGAUGACUGUCACUUUAGGUACUGCACUUGUUGAUAUGUAUUUCAAAUGUGGAAAUGUUGAUAAGGCCAUGGAGGUUUUCUUGCAAAUGAAUGAAAAGAACGUAUAUACCUGGAGUAGUGCCAUAGGUGGGCUUGCCAUGAAUGGCUAUGGCGAGAAGUGCCUUGAACUGUUUUCCCUUAUGAAACGUGAAGGAAUUGCCCCUAAUGAAAUCACAUUCAUUUCUGUUAUAAGAGGUUGUAGCGUAGUCGGAUUGGUGGAUGAAGGCCGUUUGCAUUUCGACUCGAUGAAGAGUGACUAUGAUAUCAAACCGCAGCUCGAGCACUACGGUUGCAUGGUUGAUUUGUAUGGUCGUGCUGGGCGAUUAGACGAGGCUCUAAACUUCAUAAACACCAUGCCGAUUAAGCCACACGCUGGUGCAUGGGGAGCGUUGCUGAAUGCCUGUAGAAUGUACAAGAAUAUGGAGUUGGGUGAGGUUGCCUCAAGGAAACUGGUAGAACUCGAAGCCAAGAAUCACGGUGCCUACGUGCUGUUAUCGAACAUAUACGCCGACACAAAGAACUGGGAAAGGGUAAGUAAUGUGCGACAGUCCAUGAUAGCAGAAUGCGUGAGCAAGCCCCCCGGUUGCAGCGUUAUGGAGGUGAAUGGAGAAGUUCAUGAAUUCUUCGUAGGUGAUAAGUCCCACCCGAGUUACAAAGCCAUCGAAAGGAUGUGGGGAGAGAUUUCUAAGCGGCUGAAGUUAGCAGGGUACGUUGCAAACACGAACCCUGUUAUGUUUGAUGUAGAAGAAGAAGAAAAAGAAGAUGCUCUGUGUAAACACAGUGAGAAGAUGGCCAUUGCAUUUGGAUUGAUGAGUGUGGAGGAGGGGUUGCCCAUUAGAGUUGUGAAGAACCUCAGAGUUUGUUGGGAUUGCCAUGAUGUAACGAAGAUGAUAUCUAAGCUUUUUAACAGGGAAAUUAUCAUGAGAGAUAGGAAUAGAUUUCACCAUUUUAGAGAUGGUGAGUGUUCUUGCAAGGAUUUUUGGUGAAAUUAGUCACUCCUAAACUUUAUUUUCACCAUAUUCAGUACUUUAUUAUGCUCUUUCUUUUAAUAAU